ACAUAGCCGACUGGCGUCCAUGUUUCACGAAAUAAACGGCCUGCUGACAUUAUGUGAAUUGAGGAAGGGGUUUUAACGGAGUUUCUCAUCUAACGUCAGAUUUAGUGAUGAUGUGGUCGACACUACUCGUGCUGUGUUUGGCAGCGGUCCUCGACAGUGUACACGGUCAGCUAGCUCUAUGUCAAGAGGCUCCCCUGGUGGCGAACAUCGGGUACAGAUACAGCACCAGUGAAUGUGGACACUACCUACAGUGUCAUAAUCGCCCUGUUUCUGAGGGGGCCGGUACUAUAGUCGUGUACAGGACUUGUCAACACGGUUACUACUGGAACCAGGACCUCAAGGAGUGUAGACCGAACAGACAAAUCACUUGUCCUAUUGAGAAAUGCAGCACCGUCAAUGCCAGGCACUUCAAGAUGGAGGGAAGCAGUUGCCGCGCGCACUGGACCUGCAACGCGUUUCGGAGCACCGCCGAGUGCUGCAGUCCUGGGUUUCGUUACGUCCCAGAGCAAGGCUGUAUUGGGGAUCUGACAUGCCUUGACCCGUGUCCUGGGACGUGUGGACUCAAUGAAAUAUGCCGCGCUGUGCCUGAUUGGACCAGAUCCGAGUACUACUUCCACUACGAGUUGGAAAGGGGAACAUGGAACAGAUACGAACGCAAAUGUCCUUUGGGGAACGUCUUCGAUGUUCUUGAGUGCGGCUGCAACAAGCCUGUGCGUCAAGAUUGCACUGCCGAAUUCAGGAUCAAUUUUUCGUUUAAUGCUACCGACGAUUUUAGACGUGCAGUUUCCAGCAAUGUUGAUAUCAGACAAGGCACCGCGCAGUUCAGAAAUGGCAGCAGCUACGUCAUCAACAACGUGAUGACGACUCCAACACUAGAGCGUCCUAUGUUCCUCAAAUUCCGCUACAAUGAGGCGUUCAGGAACGGUACGCAACGUAACCUGUUCCAAAUCCAGGACAACAUCCAAUGCAACGCCAUGACAAUAGACCUCAAGGAUGAGUUAAUUGAAAUUGCUCUCACCCACCUCGGGAACACACAAGCCUCUCUAGUUCUUUCUACACGGCGAUUCACCGACUUCAUUGACGUGGCAGUGAUGUACACAGGCAGGGAGAUCGUCGCUGUUGCCCGAUCUGGAUCUAUGGUCCACAUCAACAGAGUCAGCGCUCCAAGCUACCGGUUGAUGAACAGCAUCAGGGUUGCAUCCAGCGCUGCUUUUCCAUUCUACGGAUCCUUUGACGAUCUUGCCCUCUACAACUGCCAUCCUGCGGGAAGAGUCGUCGAUCUGGUGAACUACAUCUGAAGACACUUUUAAAAUACCGUAUUGUACACAAUAAGCGCCAAGGGCGAUCUCAAAAUUAGAAAUAGGGGGCUCUUAUUAGAAUAUUAUUUUGGUGAAAAACACAGAGUUGAAAGAUCGUUAAUUUCGUUGUUUAUGCUGACAGCCUGAAAUGUUUAUAUACGACAGAAAUAUUUUUCCAGAAUUUAAUUGCCCAUAAUUAAGGGUGCAUAUAACAUACGAGUGCGUAUUAUACACGAAAACAUUUAAGUCUUGUGUACUUUGAUCAAUCGGAAGGGGUGCUUAUUAAGGUUGUUCACUUGCCAAUAUAUUAAUUAGCAAAUAUCGCCGCUUAUUACGUACAUACAUUACUUACAGUGUCACACUACAGUGGUGCUGAACAUAUCUAAAAACACGCAGGUAAAAAAGGCUCACGACCAUUCCAAUACUCAUGAUUAAGUGCUUUGUAGCUGAGCUCUCCCUAUUGUUUUUUGUUAGUUGUACAUACAUUAUAAGAUAGCUAUAUUUUAUAUUUACUCUUUUGACAUAGAUUGUGUGAAGUGAACCUACAGCCAGUAGACUACGUGACCAUAAGGAUAUGAUGUGAUAUUAAGGACUAGAAUGAAGAGCUUCUGUACAGUAGGCUAUUUUACACUGUCACGCCCACCAUCGUUUAGGCAAGAGCUAUGUUUUUUCAUCGUUGCAUUGUCUGUUACAUAUCUUUUCGUUGAAAUGAUGUAUAUAAUUCUUUUAAUAAAAAAAAUUAGAUAGA